GUGUGUGUGUGUGUGUGUGUGUGUGUGUGUGCGGACUACUGCAUACAUUUAUUGGCCUACAUCAGAGCGGAUGAAUUCAAAUGUUGUGACGGAGUAGACCGCGUUAUGAUCGCAGCACAAAGACAAACUAGCUGUGAGCAACUGUUGUGGUAUGAUGAUGAGUGCAGACCCUCCUUGCACUGAGCGGUAUAUCUGCAUCGCUGGAUCCCUUUCAGUCCGUGUUCGCAUAUUCCAGCAGAGAUGUUGUGUCUGUCAUUAUGUGCACAAUAUUUGUUAUGUUUGACUGACUCCAGGGUGAAACAUUUUCCAUUCCAUCCCCUAAAGCUUUGACAUAGAUUUUUUUUUGGCUCGUCCCUUUUUGUUGUCGUCUCAUUUACUUGCAGAUGCGCUCGUGUGCGCUCACCUCUACCCUCGUACCAGGGGCUGUCCUAGCGUGUGUCGCCUAUGUAUGUGAGAGUGUUUGAAAUGUUUGUGUCCAGAUGAAGUCAAGCUUGAUUAACUGUUUGUUUAUUAUUAUUAUUGUUAUUAUUAUUAUUAUUAUUAUUGAUAGUUUUGUGGAUGGUUAGGAUUGUUUUAUUCUGAUGUGAAAACGUCUUUUGUGAGAGUUUCAAUAGAAAAGAAAUUAGGGGGAAUUUUAUGUCUAAUUUAAGACAAGACUGAUGACCUACACAUUUAAAGAACUGCCUUUAACUGAGAUGGGCAGCUUUAUUGUAAUCAUAAAUAAUCCUAUAAGGAGGAGUGCCUCCAACUACCCAGUUAUAUACGCUAUAUCCCUGAACCAUACAGGCAAUUAGCAAAACUUUGAAUGAUCUAUUUUGCACCACAAUGCAUUGCUUGAUCAGAGCAGAGCACAAUGAGGCAACAGUAUAGGAUCAUUUGAGCCAUCACAGCUGAUUACCACUAAUGGAUUGAUUAUGAACAGGCCGACAGAGGACAGGCACAGUGGCCAAAGGGGUCACAUGACCCCUAAGCAAGACCCUCUGUUUGAUUGUUAUAAGUAUGUCUUAUUGGAAAAUCACAGGGUUCAGUCAAAACUAAGGGUGUUCCAGUCACCUUUUUUAUUCCAGUACUUUAAUGUUGAGUAUCUUCUGAUGAAGUGUAUCAUCUUAUAUUUAUUUUUGUUAUAUUUUUGUACAUUUUUUUUCCUAAUACAGCUGCACUGAGCACAAUUAGGCUGUGGUAAUCCCACAUCAAAAUUGGCAAAACAAGCAUAUCACUGUAUUUCAAGGAAAACUCUCACCUGACUGACUCAGCUACCCUCUGAGGCAUGUUGUGAUAAAGAAACACCUAUGCAGGUGGAUCCUACACUAAUGAAUGUUGGGGAUGGAGGCACGGUGAGCAGAGAGAUCAGUGCUCCAAAUAAAGCGUCUACUAGUAUGGUGGGAAAUCCCCCCCAGACGCUACCCCCUGAGUUUAGAGGAGAUGUUACCCUCAGUCAGCAAAACAAGACCACUCCAACAACAGACUGUAAGACAGUGAAAGCUUGCCCGGACACUAGCAAUUACAACCACAGCCCUGAGCUUUCUCCACCUCAACAGCCCAACAAUGCACCAAUGUCAGGCUCAGCCCUCACCAGCUCAGAGAAGAGAGCAGAGAAAAGGGCAGAGGCCCCUAAACUCAAGGCUGAUGGUGCUGGGGUCUUCCCAACUCCUCAGUGGUCAAGUGGUGUAAAAGUCAACCGGGAGGAGUCGCUCAAUCCCUGUCACAGCAAUGUGACAUCCAGUAAGAAAUCACACACGCAAACACAAUCUGUGCAAAGUGCUCCGCCUGGGUUUCAGUGCUCCACCAUGUUUAAACCAGCCCAGCCUGUUGCCUUCCUUCCUUCCACCAAUUUUUCCUCUCCACUUUGUAAAAUCACUCUUCCACCAGCAUUGGGUCAGAUUGCAGCACUGAGAGAAGCCACAGCCAAUCAGUUUCAGAAAGAAAUUCAGCCUCAAAGCUCAGGUGUCGGAGGGACACCUCUCAUGCGGACCUACCCCUAUCCGUUCUCUGUGGGCCGGACUCCAGCUGCAGAGAAAAAAGCGUCAACCUCCAAACUUAAAUCUAACCACUCAUCGAGUAAAAACACCAAAUCUGCUGGAGAGCAUAAGUCUUUAGCCUCGGUGGUAGCCUCACCAGCUAUCGCCCUACCGUUGCAGCACCCAUCAUUACCUUCUGCAGCACCCACCCACUACACGUUGUCUCCCACCGCUGCCAUUUGCUGUGGCUCUGCACUGGCCAGCAUCACCUCUCAGAGCAGACUGUUGAACCAUGUGGAGAAGGGCAACAGCUUAGACAAGACAACCAUGGGCUCUCUGAAAACAACACCCCCCUCUGCUUCAGAGGACCAUACAGUAGCUUGCUCGAUAGAACCAAGGGAUGUACCUCUUGAUUUGUCUGCUAAAUCAAAACGUCCAAAAUGCAUAAAUGACCCUCCAGUUUCUAUGAUGGAGACUCAUAAUAAUGAGUCAAAUCAGAGAGAUUUUCUGAACUCAAAGAGGACUCAUUCUACAUCUUAUAGUUCAGCUGUGCAAUACCCUAUCUUACCCAAUACACACAGAAAUGGAUCUCAUCAAAAGCAAUUAAAUAGGCCUCAAAAUCACCAGGUCCCUGAACCUAAACCAUCAUGGGGCAAGGGAUCUUCACAAGACCCCAUAAAGAACAUCCCUGGAACUUAUGUGGGUGUUGCUAGCCCCAUACUGGCUUCUACCCUUCGGGGCAAAGAUGGAAAAGGGACUUUCGCAGAUGAAUUUCAGAGUUUUGCUAAGCAGGAGUUUAUAUCUAUAAUUGACCAAGGAGAACAUCUGGCCUCAGGAGGAAAGAAGCCAUCCUGUCUGAUGAAGGGCAACCAACAUGCUCAUAGUGUUAAACACGUUAAAAACACCAGCACAGCCAUAAUUAAAAACAGUCCCAUUAAAGGAGCCCUAACGACUGCCCUGUCAAGCUCUGCCAAUGCUCAGAUUCAUCAGAAAUCUGGAACUGGCAAAUCAGCAGUGCCAUACUCUACCACUGCUGUCAGUCCAGCUUGGCAACAGCCGUCUCAUCUUCCACACCAAGCGUCCUCCGUUCAGAGAAAACUCUCACAAGGAUCCCUAAAAACCAAGACCGCCGCAGCUGAAGAAGGAUCUAAGUUUCAGAGUGCCCAUCAGAGCCCGUCCAAUACUGAGGAUGAUAAGUGGGAGAGAAUGUCUCCGCUCUCUAACCUUGCGUCCAUUGUAAAGCAACAAGCUCUUGAAACAACAGCACUGACAGGCAAGGGUAAUAAUCAAGCUCCACCUGUUGCAUCAAGAAAAGCUGACGUUCUGAAUCUGCUCACAGGGAGCCAGGACGCUCAGUCCAAACAUUCUUCUGCUUUUGAAUACCCACCAUACUGGUCUGUGGAAAAAUGGCCUGGUGUGCCAUCUCAAGGGGAUUCAACUCAAGCUAUUAAGAGACUUGAAAAGGCGAAUGCAACUGAGCCUUUGGAGAAUAAUACUGAGAUACACACCAGUCAGGGAGAACACAUGGGACUACAAGCGAAGCAAAGCUCCUCAAAGCCCGCAGGCCAGUCUCAUAUCUUUGGAAGCAAUGCAUCAACAAACGGGAACAGGAUGGAGAGCAAACUAGCCCAGGUGUUAGAGGGGGAGAUAUUGAAGAAAGAAAGUGGGGCGUCAGAAAGUCCUCCCAGUGAAAAAUUGGAAGGCAUAGUGGCGUCUAUUCUCACGGGCCAGUGCACGGGGGGAGGCGACAAGUUUGAGAAGAAAACAAACGGAACCAAAGAGGAGUCGCCAACCAAAGCAAAAGCUGCUGCCAUCAAACAAAAGAAAACCAGUCCUAAGAAGCCAGUAAAGGAGAAGUCACCAACAGACCCAUCGAAGAAGGCUGCAGGAAAGAAAAAGCAAGACACAGAAAGUACUCCUACCAAAGUGUCUUGCCAAAAGAAGCAGAAGAAACGAUGUGCACCUGUGCUGGAGAAGAGUCUAUCAGCAGGAAAACUUUCUCCACAGAGUAAAGAGCAAACUCCAAGGGACAAGAUCAGUCCCAAAAAGGUUGAGCAAUCAACCCGCAACAAACCAGUUGCAGAUAGCGGCAGCAGUCCUCAGAGUGUAGAGACUCCAGUCUCUUUGAAUAGCUCUGUCAUAUCCAGCAAGGAGACUGAUGCUACAGACAGCUCCUUCCCAAGACUGAGGAGAGGACGACGGCGAGCUGAUGAGGCCAGACUAGACCUCUGGGGCUUUGCAACACCUUCUCCUCCACCUCCGCAAAUUCCUCCUCCUCCACCUUCCCCAUCACCCCCUCCAACUGCCACCCAACCCGCCCGCCGUCCAAGAGGGAGGCCUCGCUCAAACCCCUUGCCAGAGCGAGUUUUUCAAGGCAAGGGCAAGACAGCCAGCGCGGAGGGUGACACCCCUGCUCACAAGAAACGCCGGCGCUGCCGUAGCAAAAAGUAUCAGACAGGGGAGUACAUCACUGAGAAAGAUAAGUUGGAAGAUGGAGAGCACCUUGAAGAAUCUGACACCCUAAGACAGGACAGGGGAACUGCAUCAGAUUCACAGACGGAUCAGUGUCCGAGUCCUACUGCCUCCAGUCCAGAGCCUCCUCCACGGAGACCCUCUUUCACUCGCUCAGGGUCGGUCCGCUACCAGGAAAGCGAGGUUUCUCCCGAGUCCAAUGACAAGCCUUCAGGGAAGAGGAAGUUCAAAAGCAAGCACUUAUGUGACAGUGAUGAGCAGAAGAUUAAGACCAAACGCAGCAGCUUGGGCAAACGUGGUGCUUCACUCGCCCUGGAUGAUGAUGGUGCUGAUGUAAAAAGAACAGAAAGCCCCCUAACCACUGCAAAAAGUUUGCCAUCAUCUCCAUCCAAUAAGAAAAACUCAUCAGGAAGAAGCAGCGGUUCAGAGUCUCCACCCAAAAGGCCUGUUCCUCCAGAGGUGCGUCGGCUGAUCGUCAAUAAAAAUGCCGGAGAGACUUUGCUGCAACGCGCUGCCCGCUUAGGCUAUCAGGAUGUUGUUCAGUACUGUCUUGAAAAGGACAUCAGGGAGGUCAAUCGGCGCGACAACGCCGGUUACACGGCUCUCCAUGAGGCGUCCUCUCGAGGCUGGACCCAGAUUGUCCAGAUGCUGCUGAAACACGGAGCAGAUGUGAACUGUAGUGCCCAGGAUGGAACGCGGCCCCUUCAUGAUGCAGUGGCGAGUGAUAACCUACCAAUCGUCUGGUUGCUUCUCAACCACGGUGCGGACCCGACUCUGGCCACCUACUCCGGACACACACCGGUCAAACUGGCACACAGCCCGAGCAUGAAGACCUUCCUCACAGAAUAUUUCACAGACCUGGAAGGCCGCAGUGAACAGGACCCCACUCUACCCUGGGAUUUCUACAGUAGCUCCUUGUUUGAGACCGACCAGGAGCCGUGCUGGGACUUCUUGCUGUCUGAGCAGAAUCAGGAGCUGGAGGAGAUCACAACAGCCAACACUGAACGGGACUCGGACAAAGACUGCCUUCUGUUCGAGUUCUCCUCUGAGCCUCUGUUACCCUGCUAUCAUGUUCAGGUGUCAUUAACCCAGGGCUUUUGCAACUGGUUCCUCCUGACAGACGUCUUAAAGCGUCUGAAGAUGUCGUCGCGGAUUUUCCGGGCGCGUUACCCACACUUGGAGGUUGUCAGCUUGUCUCACACCGAGCUCUGUCGGCAGGUGUCUGUCAGCCAGGUGAGCUCAGCUUUAGCUCCACCCUACAAAGGCAAAAAUAAGGAGGACGACGAGAAGGAAGAGGAAGAAGAGGGACUUGUGGAACUGGUGCGUUGUGUACCAGAACUCCAGAGACUACUGGGCUCCUCUAUUCACAUCCUGCAGGAGGACGAGGAGGAGGAGGAGGAGGAGGAGGAGGGAGAGACGCUGACAAACAUAGGGAAACCACGCAGCCGAUAGCCUCUUGUGCGCCGCGCUACUCCACCGAGCAGACAAACUGUUUUCCCCGAGUCCUCCCUGCAAGCAGCAGCUCAAAGGAAACCUCUCCGUCCAUUGUCAUGAGGGUUUUAACUCCAGCUACGAUGAAGACUUGACACUCCACCGAUAACCUUUGACCUCAGACAGAAGGUGAUUAAGUGAUCACAGUGACACCACCUCACGGACCUGCACAUGGGAGUGGUCAGUGCUGGAAAGCAGCUUUCAGGUUCCUAACUAUAGGUAUAUUUGAAUACAUGAUAACUAUUGAGCAAACCUUUUUUAAUGAUUAUGUAUGUACAUGGUAGUGUAUAUGUAUAUCUUGCCAUCAGGGUUAACACAUUUGGUUAUAUAAAUGUAUUCUUGUGGCAAGGGAUGGAUUAUGUUUAGGAUUUUUUGUUUGUUCCUGAGGGAAAGCGAUAUUUUUCUUUCGACGGGAGAUAAUCCGAGGCUUUUAUCUUGGUGAACUCUUGCGUAAAGCCAGCUUAAGGCCAGCUAACAGAGUCAGGGAGGCCAGCGGCCCAGACGGUUUCUCUGUCAACCUGGGAGACCCGGAGACCUGCGGAGAAGAGACCACAGCACAUAAUCUUCAAACAUAAUCACCCGUCUAGCUCAUAGUCUCAUUUCCAUCCUUGCGUUUGUCACUUUAUCAUCCUCAUGAGAUCAUUACUGGACAGAUCUAAUAGUCACAAUGUUUAUUUUUUCCUCCACAUUUCACAAAGAAAGCCUGAGCGUCACUGUCACUGCUCACAGUAUGAAAUAAUGUUCUUCUGGACCUUGAGAUUGAGAGUUUGUUUACAGAACUGGACAGACAGUGUUCUCCACUCCCCAGGUUGCUCUCCUCCUGAACUGAUACAGAAUCCUGUGGAUCUCUCUCAGAGGAAAAGUAGUACCGUCUCUGGAGUCCAGAGCCUGCUCCCGCACUCGAGGAGCGAGACGCCCUCUUUAACUGCAGCCACGACUGUCCCCCAACGUCCCGAUAUGGUGUUUCCAGAUCCCAGAGUGCUUUGUGUUGCAGUGUUUUAUUUACACUGUUUGUUGUGCUUAAUUUAAUAGUCAUUAAUAUAUUUGACCUCUUGUGUAUCUGACAAGCCUAUCUAUGAAAAAAUUGCUUUGUAUGGUUGGUGCUUCAUUUUGAAAUGUACUUAUUAGGAUCCCUUUAUUCUGAGAUUUUCCUCCCUCAUUCAAAAACAGUAUUUCAAAAAAAAAGCAAAAGUACAGUUUUAUUGUACUGGUGCUAAGAUAGAUUUUGUGUUGACAAUCAAUGAAGUUUUUGGUUUGAAGUCACAAACUAAUAAAAGAUAUUUAAGAUGAAGAGACUUAAGGUGUAAAGAAAGUAUAGUUUAACGGGAUACAGCAAAGACUGAAAGACUGAGCAGCGUGUGAGAUCCUGAAAGAGUCUUUUAUUUGAUUCUUUUAUAAGAAAUCAACAAGAAUAAAGCAUGAUUGUGAAUCAUAA